UUGGUGUGACGUGGAAUGCGAGGGACAAUAGUGUCUUUGAUCGCAGGCCUUCUGCAACAUUUGAGAACUCCUUCCAAAGCAAAAACAGCAGACAGACUCUGCAAGGCCAACUCACCCACUGUGGAGCAAAGAGGAGAGAAUCUUUAUGUAUAUAUAAGGUCCCACCAAUCGCAUGCUGGUGUCAGGAGAAGAGCUUCUGGGGUGGUUUUUACUCUGAGCUGCAGGGCGGCCCUCGUGGCCGGGAUGCCACUGUGUACCCUGCCAGUUGCCAGUGGAUCCUGAGGGGCAGGAGCUGCCUACCCAGUGCAGGGGGCGGAAGAACAAGCACCCUGACAACAACAUGAACCUCUGCUGGAACGAGAUCAAACGCAAGUCACACAACAUCAGGGUACGGCUGGAGGUCUUUUCAGACAACAGCGGGAAGCUCCAGCUGUCCCUGCAGGAGAUCAUUGAAUGGCUGACAGCUAAAGACGAGGAGUUGUCCGAUCAGCUGCCUAUCGGUGGUGAUGUCGGAGCAGUGCAGAACCAGCGGGAGUUCAACCAGGCUUUCGUGGAGGAUGUCAAAUCCAGAGGGCCAUACAUCUACUCCGUGUUGGAGUCUGCUCAGACCUUCCUGGCACAACACCCUUUCCAGGAGCCCGAGGAGACGUUGCCUGAUGGCAAAGAGGUUUCUCCUCGGAGGCGAAUGAUGAAUGUUAGUCGCUCCGUGUGGAAGCAGGCCAAUGUUGCCAGUGACCUGUGGGAGAAACUGACGGCACGCUGCGUGGACAGACACCGUCACAUGGAGCGAACCCUGGAGAGGCUGCUGCAGAUCCAGGCCGCCAUGGAGCAGAUGGCUGCGGCUCAAGAGCAGGCAGAAGGAGUGAGGGACGCCUGGGAGCCUGUGGGAGACCUGUUCAUUGAUUCUCUGCAAGACCAUAUAGACGCUACUAAGCUAUUUAAGGAAGAGCUGGCCCAGGUAAAGGAAGGAAUGAAACACAUAAAUGACUUGGCUCACCAGUUGGCCAUAUCUGAUGUGCACUUGUCCAUGGACAACGCCAGAGCCCUGGAGCACCUCAACAACAGAUGGAAACUUCUCCAGGGGUCCAUUGAAGAGCGUCUGAGGCAAUUACAGGAUGCCCACAGAGAUUUCGGCCCUGGAUCACAGCACUUCCUUUCCAGCUCUGUGCAGAUUCCUUGGGAACGUGCCAUAUCCCCCAACAAAGUGCCAUACUACAUUAACCACCAGGCCCAGACAACCUGCUGGGACCAUCCAAAGAUGACUGAAUUAUACCAAGCUUUGGCGGAUCUGAACAACAUCAAGUUCUCGGCAUACCGAACGGCCAUGAAGCUGCGGCACAUGCAGAAAGCUUUAAGAUUGGACCUGCUAAAGUUGAGUAGCGUAGUGGAUGUCUUUCAAGAACAGGAACUGCAGCACGCAGAACGUGUGAUGGAUGUAGUGGAGGUCAUCCACGCUCUCACCUCUCUGUACGAGAGACUAGAGGAGGAGAGGUCCGUCCUAAUCAACAUACCCCUCUGUGUCGACAUGUGUCUCAACUGGCUACUCAACGUUUACGACAGUGGUCGUAGUGGUAAGAUACGGGUGCUCUCCUUCAAGACGGGCCUGGUGAUUCUAUGCAACGCAGACAUCCAGGAAAAGUAUAAAUACCUUUUCCGACAUGUGUGUGGUCCAGGUGGACUGACAGAUCAGAAACAUCUCAGUCUGCUGUUGCAUGAGGCCAUUCAGAUCCCUCGGCAGCUGGGGGAGGUGGCAGCAUUCGGAGGGAGCAACGUGGAGCCCAGCGUCCGCAGUUGCUUUCGGAUGGCUCCUGGUAAGUCAGCCAUCGAGGUGUCUCACUUCCUAGAGUGGAUGAGUCUAGAGCCUCAGUCAGUGGUGUGGCUUCCUGUUCUGCACCGGGUCACUGUUGCCGAGACAGCCAAUCAUCAGGCCCGCUGUUACAUCUGUAAGCAGUGCCCUAUUAAGGGUUUCAGAUACCGAAGUCUGAAACAGUUCAAUGUGGACAUCUGCCAGACAUGCUUUCUCACUGGCCGGACAACCAAGGGCAAGAAACUACACUACCCCAUCAUGGAGUAUUACACCCCGACAACCUCAGGCGAGAAGAUGCGAGACUUUGCUAAGACAUUGAAAAACAAGUUUCGCUCUAAGCAGUAUUUCAGUAAACACCCUCAGAGGGGCUACCUGCCCGUCCAAUCAGUGCUGGAGGUGGAGAGCUCUGAGACGCCCUGCUCAUCUCCCAGGCUGCCUCACGCAGACACACACAGCCGGAUCGAGCACUUUGCCAGCAGGUUGGCAGAAAUGGAAAACCAGAGCUGCUCCUUUUUCACUGACAAUCUCUCUCCAGAUGAAAGUUUGGAUGAAGAUCAGUACCUCCUACGUCACUCCAGCCCCAACCUCGAGCAAGACUCGUCCCACGGCCACCUGCUUGCCCACCUGGACUGCCAGGACAGAGAGGAGCUGCAGUGCACUCUAAACCGCUUGGAGAAUGAGAACAGGGUGCUGCAGGGCGAGUAUCGGCGGUUGAAGUGGAGGCAUGAAGAGGCAGCAGCAUCCCCCCACCUGCUGGAAUCAGGACCAGAUUCACCAGCCGGCCAGCAGGACGAGGAGCUCCUGGCCGAAGCUCGAGUCCUUCGCCAGCACAAGACCCGUCUAGAGACACGCAUGCAGAUUCUGGAGGACCAUAACAAACAACUGGAGUCACAGCUACACAGACUCAGAGAACUACUGCUGCAGCCAAAAGAUGACUCAGAUGCCAAUGGCUCAGCUCCUUCCUCCUUGUCCUCACCUGUGUCAGGAGGUGGCCACCAGGGGGAGCUUCCUAGCAGAGAGACAAUAGAAGCUGUAGGUGAUGAUUUUGACCAUGAGCAGGACACUGUGCUGCAGCUGCAGCAGGUAAUCGAGCAGUUGAGGAACGUCUUCCCGUCUGAGCAAGGUCCAUGA